GGCUCCAUUUAAUGGUCGGGACGCUGGGAUCUCAGGGCGCGGGGACAGCACCCAGGCAGCUGCAGCCGAGCAGAGUUCCACGGAGGAGCCCAGCAGAACCAGCGGGAAGAUGUCCGGGCCCCGGGUCCCCAAUGAGCGGCCAGCGGGCCCUGGGGGCGUGAAGCGCGGGAGGCUGCAGCAGGAGACAGCAGCCGUGGGCUCCCGGGUGACCGUGGUGCUGGGCGCACAGUGGGGGGACGAGGGCAAAGGCAAGGUGGUGGACCUGCUGGCCACCGACGCCGACGUCAUUUGCCGCUGCCAGGGAGGAAAUAAUGCUGGACACACUGUGGUGGUUGAUGGUAAAGAGUUUGAUUUCCACCUACUGCCCAGUGGUAUCAUCAACACCAAGGCUGUAUCCUUCAUUGGCAAUGGUGUGGUCAUCCAUUUACCUGGCCUAUUUGAAGAAGCAGAAAAAAAUGAAAAGAAAGGUCUGAAAGACUGGGAAAAAAGACUCAUCAUUUCAGACAGAGCCCACAUUGUAUUCGAUUUUCACCAAGCAGUUGAUGGACUUCAGGAAAUGCAACGUCAGGCUCAAGAGGGGAAAAAUAUUGGUACCACAAAGAAAGGAAUUGGACCAACGUAUUCUUCCAAAGCUGCCAGGACUGGACUCCGCAUCUGUGAUCUUCUUUCAGACUUUGAUGAGUUUUCUGCAAGGUUCAAAAACCUGGCCUAUCAGUACCAAUCAAUGUUUCCUACUUUGGAAGUGGAUACAGAAGGACAGCUCAAAAAACUCAAGGUCUUUGCUGAAAGAAUCAGACCCAUGGUACGAGAUGGAGUAUAUUUUAUAUAUGAAGCUCUUCAUGGGCCCCCGAAGAAAAUUCUUGUGGAAGGCGCCAAUGCAGCCCUCCUUGAUAUUGACUUUGGUACCUACCCCUUUGUGACCUCAUCUAACUGCACUGUGGGGGGAGUGUGUACAGGUUUGGGGAUCCCGCCACAGAAUGUGGGAGAGGUGUUUGGUGUGGUUAAGGCUUAUACCACCCGCGUGGGAAUUGGUGCCUUUCCUACUGAACAAAUCAACGAAAUUGGAGACCUCUUACAGAACCGAGGCCAUGAGUGGGGAGUGACCACGGGCAGAAAGCGGCGCUGUGGCUGGUUAGACCUUAUGAUUUUGAGAUACGCACACAUGAUCAAUGGAUUUACUGCGCUGGCAUUAACAAAACUGGAUAUCCUCGAUGCCCUAGAUGAAAUUAAAAUUGGUGUUUCAUACAAAUUGAAUGGAAAAAGAAUUCCAUACUUUCCAGCUAAUCAGGAAAUACUUCAGAAGGUGGAAGUGGAGUAUGAAACAAUGCCUGGAUGGAAGACAGAUACAACUGGGGCCAGAAAAUGGGAAGACCUUCCUCCCAAGGCUCAGAAUUACAUCAGAUUUGUGGAGAAUCACAUCGGUGUAGCAGUUAAGUGGGUUGGUGUUGGAAAAUCAAGAGAGUCUAUGAUUCAGCUGUUUUGAACAGAGAAGGAACUUCAGUCCUGAGAAGCACAAUUAUAGACAAUAGUCUUCUGUUCCCCCAAGACCAUAGUAGCUAUUCUGUUACUGAUAAGACUAAAUUGAAAAGAUUAUGGAAAAAAUAAAAAAAAAUAUUUUCUGUA